CGCCUUUUGCAAAAAUUAUUUGUUGUGCGUGCUCGGUAAAGAAAAACGGUAAUGUCGUCACGUAAGUAAUAAAUACCUUAAGAUAUUUCAGAUACUAUUGUCAUAUGUCCGACUCAGGUUUUAAAUUAUUCAGCUUCUUCUGAUUAAUUUUAUCAUUUUUUUUCUACGAUUUAGUCUUUGUCUUCGUUAAUGUAAUUAUGUUGUUUCACGUUACACGAUUAUGCUAACGACUUAAUAGCGAUAUGUUCACCGGUUCUGUGCAGAAAUGACCGGAGGCGGGACCAACAUGGCAUAUCAUGGCCUCAGCCAGCACGUUAAUUUCGACACGAUACCAGAUCCUGGCGAACGUUUCCGGUUGGAGGAACUAAUCGGCGAGGGUACGUACGGCGAAGUGUAUGCCGCUUAUGAUAAGGAAACUGGCAGCAAGGUUGCCAUUAAAAUAUUGGAGAACGUCGCUGACAACAUCGAGGAAAUCGAAGAAGAAUACCUGGUACUGAGAGAUCUGAGCCUGCAUCCGAACAUUCCCCUCUUCCACGGUCUGUUUCUAAAACAUGCGAAACCCGGCCAAGAAGAAGAUCAGUUAUGGUUCGUGAUGGAGCUGUGCACCGGAGGCUCCGUGACCGAUCUCGUGCAGGGUCUCAAAAAACGCGGCAGCCGCCUAACGGAUGACCAAAUAGCUUACAUCUUGAAGGAGACCGUCGAAGCUCUCAUCUUUCUGCACAGCAAUCACUGCAUGCAUCGUGAUGUGAAGGGUCACAAUAUCCUGCUCACCGAAGAAGCGCGCGUCAAAUUGGUCGAUUUCGGCGUGUCCUCGCAUCUGGCCGCGACUCUCGCCAGGAAGAACACAUCUGUUGGCACACCAUACUGGAUGGCACCGGAGGUAAUAGCUUGCGAGCAGCAGCUGGACUCGUCGUACGAUUCGCGCUGCGAUGUCUGGUCGAUCGGCAUCACAGCCAUCGAGUUAGCGGAGGGCGAUCCGCCGUUAUCUGAAUUGCACCCUAUGCGAGCGCUCUUCCAAAUCCCGCGGAAUCCGCCCCCCUCGUUGAAGAACCCGGACAUCUACUCGGCGGAACUGACGGAUUUCAUAGCCGAAUGCCUGGUGAAGGAUCUCGAGCACCGGCCGUUUGCCAGCGAACUAAAGGAGCAUCCAUUGUUGAGGGGCACAGAGCAGGUCGCGGAGAGGAUCAGGGAACAGCUGAGAGAGGAGAUCCGCAGACAGAGAGCGGAUGGUCGCAUACAUCGGCAGCCGGAGGUGACUACGAAACACGGGAAAUUGAAGACGGACCGCAAGACGAGACCCGAGAAGAUGUACAUGGACGAUCUGGCGGCACUCGACAUGCUAUCGGAAGAGGCCAUCGUCGAUCAAUUGCAGCACCGGUACGAGCAAACGCAAAUAUACACGUACAUCGGUGAUAUACUGGUCGCCGUGAAUCCCUUCACCAACCUGGGCUUGUACACUGGUAUCGAGCAGAAACGGUAUAAGGGCCAAGCGAGAUCCGACAAUCCCCCGCAUAUAUUCGCGGUUGCCGACGCGGCGUAUCAAGCGCUACUUCAUCAACGUCAGAACCAGGCGAUAGUCAUCAGCGGCGAAUCGGGCGCCGGGAAGACGGAAAGCGCAAAUUUGCUGCUGAAGCAACUCGUUUACCUCAGCAAGGCGCCGAAUCGCAAUCUCGAAGAGAGGAUACUACAGAUAAAUCCUAUAAUGGAGGCCUUCGGGAACGCGACGACCGGCAUCAACGCGAACUCCUCCAGAUUCGGAAAAUAUCUCGAUCUAACGAUGACGAAGGGCGGAAAAGUGACCGGCGCGCGAAUCUCGGUUUACCUGUUGGAACAGUCGCGGGUGAUCGCUCAAGCUGAGGGCGAACGAAACUUCCACAUCUUCUAUUACAUGUACGACGGCCUGGAGGCGGACGAUCGUCUCUCAGAAUUUUAUCUCGACCCCACGCUCCGGAAGCAUCAUCGAUACCUCACGCAUUACAGUCACACAUCGCAGACGCACAUCGACAAAUUCCAACAGCUCAAGAUGGGUUUCAAGGUGCUCGGGUUUCAGGACAGCGAAGUGGACACGGUGUAUCGAGUUUUAGCCGCCAUACUCCAUCUGGGCGACAUCGAGUUCGCCGAGGUGGCGACCGAGGACAACACCGACAAUAAAAGCCGAGUCAUCGACACCGUUCCAUUGCAUAGAGUUUCGAAAUUACUCGGGGUCGAACAAAACGAUCUCCUGGAGGCCCUGACAUCGAACUCGGUGAUGACCAGAGGCGAGACAAUUACGCGGAACAAUACGGUGGCCGAAGCCCGCGCGGCUCGCGACGCGAUGGCCAAGGGUCUCUACGGCCGGCUCUUCGAUUGGAUGGUCAACCAGAUCAAUUGUUUGCUGUGCUUCAGCCGUUCACCGAAUUACGAGCCGCUGGCGAUCGGGUUGCUUGACAUCUUCGGCUUCGAGAAUUUCCCCAGGAACUCGUUCGAGCAACUCUGCAUCAACAUAGCCAACGAACAGAUACAGUACUAUUUCAAUCAGCACAUCUUCACAUGGGAGCAGCAGGAGUACAUGGCCGAGGGGAUACCCGUGGAUCUCGUCGAGUUUUCCGACAACAGGCCAGUUCUCGACAUGUUGCUCAGCAAGCCCAUGGGACUCUUGGCGCUCCUCGACGAGGAGAGUCGAUUCCCUAGAGCGACCAAUCGAUCCCUGAUCGAGAAAUUCCACAACAAUAUCAAGUCAAAGUUUUACGUACGACCCAAAUCGGAUGCGGUCUGUUUCGCGAUACAUCACUUCGCCGGUCGCGUUGUCUAUCAAGCCGAUGGAUUUCUCGAGAAGAACAGAAACUUCCUGCCACCCGAGGUCAUUCAACUGGUACGACAGUCGCAGUACGAUAUGGUUCGUUUCCUGUUCCAAUGCCCGAUCACGAAAACCGGCAACCUGUACUCGGCGCUACAGGAGAACGACUCGAGGAAAUCGCAGUCGAACCAGAACACAAAGGAACGUUACUCUAGUCGAGGUCUAGCGUCGCAGUCUCGCGUUCAGCAGACAGUGGCGACGUACUUCCGUUAUUCCCUGAUGGAUCUGCUGCAGAAGAUGGUAUCCGGCUCGCCUCAAUUCGUGCGAUGUAUAAAACCGAACGACUCGCGGAGUCCGCGCUUCUUCGACAAGGACAAGGUCGUGAAACAAUUGCGAUACACGGGCGUCCUCGAAACAAUACGCAUCAGGCAAAAUGGAUUUUCUCACCGGAUACCGUUCAGCGAGUUCCUUAAGAGAUACUGCUUCCUCGCAUUCGGCUACGACGAACGCGUAAUCGCCAAUCGAGACAAUUGUCGACUACUUCUGAUACGUUUGAAAAUGGACGGCUGGGCAUUGGGCAAGACCAAGGUCUUCUUGAAGUACUAUCACGUCGAGUUCCUCUCGAAGCAGUACGAGGAACAGUUGAAAAAGAUCAUCAUGAUCCAAUCAUGCGUGCGACGAUGGCUCGCGAAAAUGCGAUUCAAGAAGCAGAAAUGGCAAUUCGCCGUGUCGGUGGUCACGCUGCAGCGUCAUAUUCGGGGAUGGUUAUCCCGGAAACGUACGAUGCAGAUGCUAGCUCAGAAACACGCGAAGGAAGAAGACACGACGGCCGAGUUCAUACAGAAUGAGAUAAAACGUAGAGCGCAGGAGAAUACAGACAUAAAUAAUCGCGGGAAACAGCAACAAGCACGCAAAAAUCUAGAGAAGAAUAAUGCUGCGACUAUUAUACAAAGCCAUUUCCGUGGUUACACUAUCCGCAAACGUUUCGGGUACGAGCUGGAGGAACGUUUCAAGAGGAUCCUGAACAACCACGACAACAUAUACGAUGGCCAUAAGGCGUUGCUGCGCGAGGGAUUGAAACAUGAAGACGCGGCGCUUAUUGUUCAAAGAUGGUACAAAAAGGAGGAGAGAGCGGCGAGGAGGAAGCCGGUCGCGAAGGAUCCCAUACAUCCCAAACUACGACAGGCCGAUCUGAUUCAGUUCUCGCAAAACGUACACAUGAAGAACCAAGAAGUGCACAAACAUCUGCGGCGCAACAAGCCUGGCGUUCGAUUAAGCGAUAUCGAGGAACCGCCGCAGGACUAUGUUCGUCCUGAAGGAUUCGAUAUGGUGCAAUCGAUACUGCAGUACCGCAGUGGCAUGCAGCCGGACGAGGAGGACGGCAUCAAGUAUUAUCGGGACCUGAAGGAGGAGAUGAGCAGUGGUUCGGAAUUCGAAGACGACGAAGUUGGCUGGGACUCGCCGUUGAUACGGCUGGAAAAUGACCUCCACCCAUCGCUGAGGAGUCGGAGCGGCCAGAUUCUAGAAGUGAAUGCCGAGAGGAGGGAUCGUGUGGCUCAGGGCGAUUUUGCGGUGGCACCAGAGCAGCAUCUGUCAAGCAUUUGGCACAAAGCCCUGAGACAUCCGUCCGAUGUACGCGAAAACGAGAGCUCCAAGAGAAAUGUCAGUACAAGGAUUAAUGACUUGCAUAUCAACAACGUGCAUCAACACUCAGAUGGACAACGCGCAACCGGUACUCCGCAUCUCCACGAUCCAGCUGGCCUACGAUUCGUGCUCGACGAUCGAUAUAACGCCAUAAAUGAACAACAGAAUGGCCUUAAUGGACGGAACUACGUGAACGGCCAUAAUUCCGUUAACAAUAAGCAUCACAUUUCGAUCAAUGGCUGUAACAAUCAGCAGAUACCCUGUAAAACAAACAACGGUAUCGCGAGGAACCAGAUGACAACUACAAAAACCGAGAAAUCUGAACUAAUUAAUGGUCUGGCGAAUAAUAACAGGCCCGAGAAAACGUCAGAUCGGUCGAGUCCGAGACAGAACGUUCAACCGAUGAGAAACCAUCGGAAUCACGUAAAUCAUAAGAACGGCAUCAAUCGAUUAACGAAUGGAGAAAGAUCAGUGGACCAGCAGCUUCUGCGGAAAGAAGAUACCAUCAACAACGCGGCUAAUUUAAGGCAGCUUUUGAGGCCCACGGUGAUGGAGAGGCGACAGGAGAGAGAAGCCAAAGUCGAAUACGACGCGGAAGACAUCAACGGCCCUUAUAAUUUCAGACAGUUGCUCAGGCCGACCGAAUACCUUCCCACGGAAUCUUUGAGGAAGAGGAAAGGCGGUCUCGUUUCCAACGGCGUGCCACUGCCGAAGGACAAAGUUCCUGAGAAACACGUGAAGAGAAGAGCGCCGUUGGCGCCGAGCCAGAAUAAACUAGCCAACGGGAAGAAGUGAAGUUACGACGUAUUAUUCAACACCAGCGGAGAAUAUUUGUUCGUGAGACUGGAAUCCACGGGAAUUGGUUUUCCUUUCGCCGAGUAAUAGCCGGGACCGUUAACCGAAAACAUCGUGAGAGCACUGCAAGUUAAUUAAUUAACCGCUCGAUGUGUGCAUAAGUAAGCGCUAACGGAAGUCCUGUCAUUAUUGCCAUUGGUACAAAAAGGAAUGCUCGUAUUAAUGUGAGGCUUAAAUACUAUUGUAGAAUAAUCGAAGAGUGUGAUAUGAUGGGCGCGUAGAGUAUGUUACAAUGGACAAUUGCAUUUUCCAAUCACUGUACCCGUUAAUUAAUGCGAUACAAAUGCGCUAAUGAAAGUAAUAUAUUUGAGAUUCGAUAUCUAUACAUGUGUAGCAUGUGCAUCGCGUUAAGGGCGGAAAUCGCGCAUUUUCCAAGCAAAAUAUUGUUUCUCUACACACAGCGAAUAUAUUACAAUGCCACGAGAUAUUGCAGCGCGGUCUUGCUCGGUUCUUUUAAACGCGGUUCCGCAUUUUAUAUUCUUUCCUCCCGUGAGAGUGCAAUAUCGCGGGUAAAGUUGCGUGAUUCCAAAGUCUAAGUCCUUUCUUUACGGUCGAGCACGCUAUGCAGCUGCCGGAUAACAUUCGUAAUGAAGAUAGAAAUGAAAAAUUUCGCGAUAUCGUUGAUCCUGUUAGAAACGUAAUUGAUGCGUCCCAUAUAAUUGAGAAUUCUCAGUAGAGAUCGCCAGUUUUAAUAAUAAAUUUAUCUUUGCUUGCUUUAAUGUGUAAUUACGCGAUGACGGCAUACGAUGAACCGUGUUAUUGAUUACAUUUAACGUAAUUUAUUACCCGUUGCGAUAAUAUAUGCGAAAAUUAGCACGCGUCUAGUACUAGUCAUGCCUAGCUUUACUUAAAUCGUAGGUGUUCAUUAAUAAUGUAUCUAUACAAAUGCGGACAUAAAUUAUGUUCAUCAAUUAUUUAUAUGACUGACGAACGAUUGAUAUAUCCAAAGUAAAUAAAUGCAAUACUGAUAAAUCUC